UAUCUGCUCAACCAAACUAGACCAAGUCGAAAUCUCUUCUCAAAGUGGUACGUCAAUCAUUACGACUGGCCCUGGGACCAGUGGCCCGAUUACCUGACCGCCGGUUCCAUCGUUGUCUCCACGCCGUUGGCGCGCCGAUUUGCAGUCGCCCAAUACUACACUCAAUACUUCAGAUUUGAUGAUGUCUUUCUUGGCAUUAUGGCCUUGAAACUGCACUGCCAGCCUAUCCACCACGAAGGAUUCCUCAUAAUGCCACCGAAUAUGACUUCUGAAGAAAGGUAA